GUCUCAGUUGUCUCUCACAUUUCGAGCUCGAUUUCAUCUUCGUGUACUAGCUUCCAGCUAGGUCGAGCUCCGGUCCUGCUGCCUCUGUGGCUGAGAGAGAGAGAGAGAGAGAGAGAGAGAGAGAGAGAUGGAAGCGUACGCGGCAAUGCCGUCGCCACAGACGAAAGCCAUGGGCGUGGUGGACAAGCUCAGCUACGAGAUCUUCUCCUUGCUCGAGAGCAAGUUCCUCUUCGGCGCCGCCGGCACGCCGGCCAGAGCGUUUCUUGACGGUGGACGCGUGCGGGUGCUGGCCAUCGACGGCUGCGGCGCCGGCGCGGGCGCCGAGGACGCGCUCCUGGCGGCCGCGGCGCUCGCGAGGCUCGAGGCCGGGCUGCGGGAGCAGGCCGGGGACCCCGACGCCCGCGUGGCCGACUUCUUCGACGUGGCCGCGGGCGCCGGCGCCGGGGCCGUGCUGGCCGCGAUGCUGUUCCUGAGGGGCCCCGACGGCCGGCCACGGUACACGGCGCAGAAGGCGCUCGCGUUCGUCGCCGGCAGCGUCGGGAGGAGGAAGGACUGGUGCGGGCGGCGCGGGCGGUGGGCGAAGCUCUUCCGCGGCGGCUCUCGGGGCGGCGACCGCAUGCUCCGCGGGGUGUUGGGCGACGCGACGCUCAGGGACACCGUGGCGCCGCUGCUCGUGCCGUGCUACGACCUCGCCACGGCCGCGCCCUUCGUGUUCUCGCGCGCCGACGCCGUCGAGAGCGACAGCUUCGACUUCCGCCUCCGCGACGUCUGCGCCGCCACCUGCGCCGACCGUGGCGCUGGCGCGCUCGCCGACGUGAGGUCCGUCGACGGCGUCACGGCCAUCGCCGCCGCGUGCGCGGGCGUGGCGGCCAUGGGCAACCCGGCCGCCGCCGCCGUUACGCACGUGCUGCACAACAAGCUGGAGUUCCCGCUCGCCGCCAGCGUCGAGGACAUCCUCGUCUUCUCCAUCGGCACCGGCUCCUCCACCACCGUCUCUAGCGGGCCGCCGAACACGCCAGUGCCGCCCACGCGCGCGCCGUCGCAGCGCGAGCUGGCACGCGUCGCCGCCGAGGGUGUGGCGGACAUGGUGGACGAAUCGGUGGCCAUGGCGUUCGGGGACGCGUGUGGAAGCAACUACGUCCGUAUCCAGGCCGGCAGGAAAUCGACGGCGCCUCUCCACGCCGAGACGGCGGCCGCUGCCGCAGAGGCGAUGCUGGCGCAGCGGAACGUGGAAUCGGUGCUGUUCCGCGGGCGGAGGCUGUCGGAGCGGACCAACGCUGAGAAAGUGGACACGCUGGUGGCGGAGCUGGUGAAGGAGCAGGAGCGGCGGAGGAGCAGCCCGUUCCCUAACGUGGCCAUCAAGCAGGUUGCUACGCGGCGGCUGUCGUCGGCGACCACCGCAUCGUCAGGCACAACGACGGCGCGGACAACGUCGUCGAUGCCGUCGCCGGCGUCGUGGGAUUCUCGCCGGUAGUCGAGUGAAGUUAGGCCGUCACUUGAUGAGUAUCUAGUGUACAUGCAUGCCACUGAGUUUGGAAAUGAAUUUUAUCACGACAAUUCGCUGAACACAACAGUUCUAGUACGAUCACUGGAAUGCCCUCUUUUUUACUGUACAUCACAUCUGCUGCUCAUCAAUCAGCCGACGAGAUACUGCAGUCACUCCGUAUCAGCCGCUCCAUAUCAGGUAUCAAGUUUAGAAUAAAAUCAAGUUAAUAGCAUAGAAAACCAGCUAAUUUUAUCAAAUUUGUUAUUGAGUUGUAUUCUAGACUUCAGAUGAAUAAACCGACAUACCUACUGUGAUGAGGAAUUGACA